UCGUCAGGCAUGACAACUGCAUGGAUGCAAUGGAUUCCGUGAUGGACGACUGGGAUGACAGGAGGUGGACGAUGAGGCCUCGUCGCUGCCUCGCACGUCGACAGAGACCAUGCCCCUACAUUACCCCUGGUUGGGCAUCACUUCUCGACGACGCUCCUUUGCUGAUUAUUGGUUCAGGCGACGACACUCGGUCUGCCAAGAAGAAUGAGGAACAUUUCAAAAGAAAUAACACCCAAAAACAAAAACUCACACAGAAUGACAAGAAAAGUCACACUGGGACCAUGAAGGAGAAAGAACAGAGUGUAGAAACCACAGAUAGAGAAAUCAGCAAUGACAAGAAGAGCUUAGAGAAGGAGUGGCGGUACAGCGUAAACGUGGGCGGAUGUGACGAAGUGCGGGCGUUCACGGAAGAUGGGCUGUUGGUUGUGGAGGGUCGUGGACGUGACAGUGCCUCGUCAGUGAUGAUUCGUCACGUGACAACACUUCCUCCACACGUCAAAGCCGAGACGUUAACGGCGACACAGAAAGAGGGACGACUUGUGUUGAGCCAGAAAAGCGACGCAAUCCCUCCUUCGGUUGUGAAGAUCCCCAUCACCAAAGCUGAAGAGAAAACGACACUGGAAGGCAAAGAAGUCUCCAACGAUCAACAACAACAACAAUCAAGUACUACGCAGACAGAUGAUUCAAGCAAAGAAAGAGAUUAAGAAAACUAUAUAACUUUUGUCAAAAUAUCUCAGUCAUUGUACAAAAGGUAGAAAUGAAGCAUGUCAGUUGUAUCAUUCCAAUUCAUCAUAUUGAUGUACUAAACUUAAAUAAAGUUAUCAAAUAAACAUAUUUCUAUAAA